AUGGUCAAUGAUGUCGAGAUAUCAGGACUAGCUGCUGUCUUUGCUGCUGUUGGAUUUAUCAUUAUCGUUGUCGUAUGUGUGCGCCAAAUGACAAAACAAAGCAAGAACCUUGCGACUCGUGAGGAACAAAGACGACGAAGACGACUACCACCACAAGCUGACACUCGUCGUCAAAGACAACGAAAUGAUGAAUGUUCAAUUUCAAUCGAUGAUGCUCCUCCACAAUAUGAAGUGAGCAUGAUUACACCUCCUCCCCCCGCUUAUACGGAACAACAACAUCAAGAUCAUCGUCAUCAUGGCCUGUGA